UAUUGUUGCUGUAACAAGUAUUCACAGUAGACACCGAAUUUUGUUUGAAAUUGACAUUCUUCAAUAAAAGUUUGAUGUGAAUUGAUUAAGGGCGAAAAAUGCAAGUUUAAUUAAUGUGUUUGCUAGUCUGUGGUGGUAUGUGAAAGCUACUUAAUAUUACUAAUGAAUUUAAAGGAAAUAUGACAGGUCUCUAAAAAUUAACUUUUAUGCCUAAAUCAAACGCUAAAUUUUAAAAUUUGUGACCAUUUUUACAGUACAAAUAUGAAUUAUUAGGAUGUUUUAUUAGAGAUUUUAAAAAGCAACAACAUAGCAAUAAAAAUGAUUCUCAGAGACUUGAAUACCUUUAAAUACUCAUAUUUACUUAUUGUUGUUAUUUUUUAUUUACAUAUAGUUCCUAUGAAUAGUGGUCCUAAUAAUUUACAUAUAAAUGAUGGUACAACGCCAGCUGAAAUAAUUCACGGUGAUUUAUUUUUUGAAAUCAUUGAUCCUAUGGAAUUGGAAUAUACAUAUAGAAUAAGGCCGGCUAAAGACUUUGGGGCACCAUUUAACGAAUCGUUUUAUAUAGAAAAUGUACCUCUUGUGCCUAUUGAUCCAAAAUACGGCUGUAAUCCUCCAAAUAAUUUAGACGACAUAGAAGGAAAUGUUGCUUUCAUUGAAAGAGGUCAGUGCUCCUUCAAGAAGAAAACAAUAAUAGCAGAGAAGGCUGGUGCACGGGCCGUAAUCAUCACCGACCCCGCGAAAGAGAACGAGGAGUACUUCAUCGAAAUGAUCGACGACGAAUCAGAUGAGGAGGCCCACAUACCUGCUGCCUUUCUUAUGGGUAAGAAUGGCAUGAUGAUUGCCCAAACCUUGCAGAAGCUGUCACGACGGUAUGCUCUUAUUAAUCUGCCAGUCAACCUGACUUAUACGCCAGUACAUAAAAUGAACCAACCGCCUUGGCUUGGGUGGUAGAGGUGGAAUCAAUUAGUAUUUGCCGUCCAGUCCAGUUCUAUUGUAAUUAUUAUUAUGUUUAUUGGGUGAUGGCUUUUUAAGGCAUUCUUGACUCAUUUUUUAAGUUUUAUCAUUUGUUAUUGUAUAUAUUUAAUAUGAAACUAUUUUUACCAUAGGUAUUCCUCAUAUUUUACAAUAUGAAUUAUACAAAUUUGUAUAUAUUUUAACAAUGAUUUUAUAAAAUAUUUUACUAAUAGAAUUACUCAUUUGUAUAAAAAAUUACUUUUUUUUAAAUUUAAUUGUUAUUUAGUAUAAAUCAUGUGAAUGAAUUUAUUUAUAAAUUUAUAGUUAAAUAUGUGCACCUAAUUUUAAUGACUUCAUUUUAUUAUUAUUAUUAUUAUUAUUUCAGCCUUAAAAUAUUAUUGAUAUGUACAAGUUUUUAUAUUUAGACUAUUGUAAAAUGACUGAUAUAUUACAUUUUAAUUAUAUUAGUGUUAUAUAGUACAUCUUUUGUACUGUUCUUCAAGAAAUAUGUAUGUCAUUGUAUUGUAACUGACUUAUCAAUCAUCGUUUUAUAUACUAAACAUAGAUAUUUGUAUUUACAAACACAAACUAUUGAAAAUAAAUAAAAUGGACUCCUGGAAUUGAUAAUUAUUAAUUAAUUAAAAUGUAUAUGUAAAUAUUGAGUAAUGUUUCGUUAAUAUGAACAAUAUAAAAACCCGGAAAUCAAAUAAUAUUGAUCGUUUAUGUACAUAUUUAUAAAUUUUUCAACUGCAUACUAGAAUAAUAGGUUUUUAUGCACUGUAUAAUCCAUUUAUACACCAAAAUAUCAAUAAAAUACUCAUAUAUAUAAUAUUCCAUUUUUGGUGUAAAAAAGGAUUUAGUUUGUAUGUCACUGUUUUUUUUCACAUUUUACUGCUUAAGUAGUAAAUGUAAGUUUACUUGUGCCAUUUAUUGCCACACAGUUAUUAUCACUGCUCAGUCUAGUCUAUUUAUUUCAAAUAAUGAAUUUUUAUAAUGAUGUUAAAACGUAAGGAGGUAUUGUGCUGUUUUAAUAAAGUUUUUAAUUAUAA